AUGGACCUUGUCGCGAUUUCGGUGCUGUCAUGCGACGACUGCCUCUUCGCUUCCCCGAACCCGUACGCACGAGCGCACACGCCCAGUCACCCACGCGCGCCCGCGUCGUCCCUGAGUCACCGCGACCCCCCGCUCCCUCCGCGCGCACUGCGCCCGCUCGUCGCCCCACCGCAGCUCGCGCUGGCUCGCCCACCCGCGGCCCCUUGCUCCUGGCCGCGCCUGCCCGCGCCGAAGCGCACGCGUGCUCGUGCGCCCAGCGCCUGCUGCUGCCCUGGGGCCGCGGCCUCCUUCCCCGCGUCGCGCCUGGACUGUGCGCCCUUCCCCUCCUGCUACCUUGCUCCUGCCCGCGCCCGCAUCCGCGCUCGGCCACUGCCCGACCUCGCCGUGCCCUGGCUGCCGUCGACUGCUGCUUCCCGCGCCUGCCGUCGACCGUUGCUUCCCGCGCCCUCCGGCGUCGCCCCAGUGCUCGCCUCUGCCUCCCGCCGGAGCUCCACGCCGGCCGCCGCCCUGCUCAUCCCCUGUUGCCCCGCCGUGGCCUCGCCGCUGCCACGCCGGUGCCGCGCCGGCGUUUUUCCCCUCGCCGUGGCCCCGACUGGCUGCGUCCAGUUCGGGCGCCCGCACCCGCACGUCCCGGCGCCCACCCGCGCCCGUGUGCCCGCUAAGGCCCCCAGGGCCUAUGACAGGGGGCCCCGCCCAUAA